CUUCUUCUAUUAAAGAGUCGUCGCCGAGAGUUGUUCCUGAGCCUCGAUCCAAAGUCCCAAAAGCGCAUGCGUCCAAUCGAUCCGUCCUCCGAUCGACGGCUGGUCCGUUCUCUCCGGACUCCAGCCCUGCUCUCACAAGAUUCACCGGCUCCCCUGCGCGUCUCCUCUGCCCUCGACGAGUCACGAGCAUUGAUUCAAGUAAUCGAUCGCUCGUUCGUUCCUAGGAGCUACGAGCUGACAGGAAUCAAGAUUCAAGAGACAAUAAAACGACACCCGUAAAGUCAGACUCGGGUUGCGCUCGAGGAUCCGUGGUGGGGUCGAUUCGAUUCCGUCGCAGAAUCGAGUUUUACCUUGCGAUCUACUCUUCGAGGUGGGGAGUGAAUUGAGGUGCGGCGCAGCUCAGCGCAGAGGAGCGCGCGGAGCGUGGCCUCGCUCGGAUCAGGGACGCGAUUGCGCGAUUGGAUGUUUAGAGUCCUCUCGAGCGAUGGACGGAUAAUUUUGAGGUCUUAGAAAUUGCCCGUUUGGGAAAUCUUCGAGGAUGCGAGUCGGGACGAGGCAACAGGACCCGAGACGAGGGGGAGCUGCUUGCGGAUGCUGUGACAGAACUUCUGAAUUGUAUGGGAGUUGUUGGUUCUGCGGCGGACAGUGAGCCAGUGGGGAUUCAGUAAGGUUGUCUAGACCUGGAUACUUCAGAGAGUCGGCCUGCAUUUUGUUGAAGAAGUAGAAGUAGAAGUAGAAGAAGAAGAGGCGGGGAAGGCGAGGGGCAAACCAUGGACUCCCUGGUGUCACUGUCGUCCACCGCGCAGCAUUUAGCGGUACUCCAGUCGCACCAUUCUGUUCAGGGGAGGUCUUUAUCACAUAAUCAACUCCAGCAGCAGCAGAGGAUUUCAACAUCAUUUUCUGGUCUCCGUGUUUCCAAGAGUAGCAAAUCUGUCGACAAGCAGCAAUGUCUGAAGAAAGGUCCGUCUUCUGGGCAUCUACCUGUGACAGUUGUAGCUUCUGCAGCAGACGGCACCAGCUCUUGGACUCCCACCUCUCCGGUCAAGGGCCAGGGGAAGCCCGUUCGGAGUCCACCUGCAUUGGGUGGGGCUGCUGCGAUCACAUCACCAUCGCAGGAGUCAGCCAGCUUGGGCAGUUCUAAGGAACGACUUGAUACGAGCGCUGGUCCUUUCUUGAGAGUGUCUCCGGAGUCGUUGCAGUAUGAGGCAGGUUAUCUGGGAGGAAUUUCGGAGAAAACAGCUCCAGUGGAGGCUUCUGAAGCGGCAGAUGCUAUGUCCUACUUGACUCGUAUCAUAAAUUCAAAGGUUUAUGAUGUGGCAAUUGAAUCACCUCUCGAGCUUGCCCCAAAGCUGAGUGAAAGAGUUGCAAACCGCAUUCUGCUGAAACGUGAAGAUAUGCAACCGGUAUUUUCUUUCAAGCUUCGUGGGGCUUACAAUAUGAUGGCAAAUCUAUCGCGAGAACAGCUGGCAAGAGGUGUUAUCUGCUCAUCAGCUGGCAACCAUGCUCAAGGGGUUGCUUUGGCUGCGCGCCGUUUGAAAUGUGAUGCUGUCAUUGCUAUGCCUGUCACUACACCCGAAAUCAAGUGGAAAUCGGUGAAAAGACUUGGAGCAACAGUUGUGCUAGUUGGGGAUGCCUAUGAUGAAACGCAAGCAUAUGCAAAGCAGCGAGCGUUGGAUGAUGGUCGGGUUUUCGUGCCCCCGUUUGAUCACCCAGACAUCAUUGCAGGUCAAGGAACCGUUGGUCUCGAAAUUGUUCGUCAACACCAAGGUCCUCUGCAUGCAAUCUUUGUUCCAGUGGGAGGUGGUGGACUCAUUGCUGGAAUUGCUGCAUAUAUGAAGCGAGUUCGCCCUGAGGUUCGCAUAAUUGGAGUCGAACCAGCCGAUGCCAAUGCGAUGGCAUUGUCUUUACACCAUGGGCAGCGUGUUGUUCUUGACCAGGUUGGAGGUUUUGCCGAUGGUGUUGCUGUGAAGAUGGUAGGAGAGGAGACAUUCCGCCUGAGUCGAGAAUUGAUGGAUGGUGUAGUCCUGGUGAGCCGAGACUCCAUCUGUGCUGCUAUCAAGGAUAUGUUUGAAGAGACUCGAAGUAUACUAGAGCCAGCAGGGGCCCUGUCAUUGGCUGGAGCCAAGGCUUACUGCAGCUAUUACGGUUUGGAAAAUGAGACCGUGGUUGCUAUUACAAGUGGAGCAAAUAUGAAUUUUGACCGUCUUCGUAUAGUGACCGAGUUGGCGGAUGUAGGAGCUCGGAAGGAAGCUGUUCUCGCAACUUACAUGCCCGAGCAGGCUGGCUCAUUCAAAACGUUCGUUGAUUCUGUCGGACCUGCCAAUAUUACAGAGUUCAAAUACCGAUACAAUGACGAGAACGAGGCACUAGUCCUUUGCAGUGUUGGGGUUACUAGCGAGGCGCAGCUAGAUCGUAUAAAGACUAGGAUGGACGCAGCUGGAUUGAGGACGUUGGAUAUGACCAACAAUGACCUUGCCAAGGACCACUUGCGUCACCUUAUGGGUGGAAGAACGAAGGUGGAAAACGAGGUUCUUUUGAGAUUCGUAUUCCCGGAGAGGCCUGGAACACUAAUGAGAUUUUUAGAAACCUUCAGCCCUCGAUGGAACAUCUCCCUCUUUCACUACAGAGGACAGGGUGAGAUGGGUGCGAAUGUAUUGGUGGGCAUGCAAGUACCCAAGGAGGACGAGGCCGAAUUCAUAGCCUUGGCUGAUACUCUUGGUUAUGCUUACCAAGAUGAGAGGCUAAAUGAAGCGUACGAGCUUAUUAUGCACUAGUUUCAUAGUCAUUUGCACCAGUUGGGGAUGACUUUGUCUUAGUAAACUGCAAAGUGAGCGCAAUAUAUCCCUAUUGCAUUUAGCAAGUUUUGUUAGUGAUGUAGCGCACGGAGUUUGUAAUCAGGAACAAACUCUAAAAGAUUAUGGAAUACCUUCGGUGAGUGGCGGUCAUGUUCGAAGUGUUUUAUGAGGUUACUGAAAAGCAAAAUCCGAAGAGGAUUUCAAUUUGAAUGGGUCGUUGCUGAUUAUCAUGUUCUCCAUUGCUUGAUUGCAAU